AUGAAAGGAGUAUCAGAAACCUUGGCCAUAGAAACAAUGGAGAUACCAGACUCGGACGAAGGCAAGCUCGAACCGCAUGGAAAAUUAGAAAAAGUAGAUCUGGCAGGAAUAACGCCAAGAUCGGUCCAAAUAGGGGCAGCACUGCCCAAGCUAAUAAAGCAAGAGAUAACCGACAUGCUGAUCAGAAACGAAGUCGAGUUCGUCAACACCCCGGGCGAGAUAGAGGGAGUUGAUCCGGCAAUAAUAUCACAUAAGCUAAAUGUUGACCCAAAACACAAGCCAAUCAAACAAAAGAAAAGAGCCUUUGCAGUAGACAGACAAAUCGCUAUCAAAACUGAAGUAGACAAAUUGUUAGCAGCAGGGUUUAUCAGAAGAGUGCACUACCCGGAGUGGCUAUCAAAUGUAGUGCUCAUAAAGAAGCCGAAUGGAAAAUGGAGAUUAUGCAUAGAUUUCACAGAUCUAAACCGAGCAUGUCCCAAGGAUAGCUACCCACUGCCAAAUAUUGACCAGCUAGUCGACUCAACCAGUGGCUAUGAAGUCUACUCGUUCAUCGAUGCAGCCCAAGGAUAUCACCAGAUUCCAAUGCACAAAGAAGAUGAAGAAAAAACAAGCUUUGUAACCGACAGCGGCACAUAUUGCUACAAACAAAUGCCAUUCGGAUUAAAAAAUGCGGGAGCAACCUACCAGCGACUAAUGAACUACGUGUUCAAAGACCAGAUCGGUCAAAACAUGGAAGUUUAUGUCGAUGACAUCAUCGUCAAAUCCAAAAAAGUAGAAGACCACGCAACCGACCUGGAAGAAGUCUUCACUAAGCUCAAAAAAUACAAACUCAAGCUCAAUCCGGAUAAAUGCGCAUUCGGAGUCCCAGCAGGAAAAUUCCUCGGAUACCUUAUCUCUCAAAAAGGCAUCGAAGUAAACCCGGAAAAAACAAAGGCAAUUUUGGAUAUGAAGGCACCAAAAUCAGCAAAAGAGGUUCAGAAACUCAACGGAAGAAUCACGGCCCUCGGUCGAUUCGUGUCCAACUCGGCCAAGAGAUGUCUUCCAUUUUUCAAAACAUUAAGAAACGUGCAAAAAUUCGAAUGGAAUGAAGAAUGUCAACAGUCCUUCGAGGAACUCAAGAAGUUCCUAAGUUCGCCGCCACUUCUCGGACUACCCGAAGCAGGAGAGACACUAUAUUUAUAUCUGAGCGUCACAAACGAAACAGUGGCAUCGGUGCUGAUCAAGGAAGAGAAAACCGAGCAGAAACCGGUGUACUACACAAGCAAAGUGCUAAAGGGGCCCGAGCUCAGAUACAGCAAAAUCGAAAAAUUUGCGUUGGCUUUAGUCCUAACAGUUGAGAAAUUAAAAAGAUACUUCCAAGCCCACACGGUAAUAGUCCGAACAAACCAACCUCUGAAGAAAGCACUUGCAAGACCAGAAACGUCAGGACGUUUAAUCAACUGGUCGGUCAUGAUAGGAUCAUACGACAUCAAAUACGAACCACGAACAGCAAUGAAAGCUCAAAUACUGGCCGACUUCGUAGCAGAAACCACAACACACGACCAACCCACCGAGUUGGAUAAGGGUCUGGUCAGCUGGACAUUACAAGUAGAUGGGGCAUCCAACACAGCCGGAGCAGGGGCAGGCAUGAUUCUAAGAGGACCACACAAGAUCAAAAUGCAAAAUUCAAUCCAUCUCAAUUUCCCGACCACCAAUAAUGCAGCAGAGUACGAAGCUUUGAUAGGCGGAUUAAGAAUGGCAAUGGUAGUAAAAACCGAGUACAUCAAGAUUCAGAGCGACUCUAAAUUGGUUGUUAACCAAGUACUCGGUCUGUACGAAGUAAAGGAUCCAGAAAUGAAAAAAUAUGUGGACCGGGUUAAAGAGCUACUUGCAAACAUCACCGAAGAAGGCGGAAAAUGGGAACUAGAACAAAUACCCAGAGAAGAAAACACAGAAGCAGAUACAUUAGCAAAAGCCGGAGCAGCCAAAGAUACAAUACCGGGCGUGCCAUGCUCGAUACAAAAUUUCAGCAGUGUCCAGAAUCCUGAAGCAACAUUCCUCAUUAACCCAAUGGACCAGUGGAUGGAGCACAUCAUAUCAUACAUCGAAAACGGGACCCUACCCGAAGAUAACAAAGAAGCAAGAAAAAUCAAAAGACGGGCACCACAUUUCUCAUACCGAGAUGGAACACUCUAUAGAAAAUCAUUCUCACACCCCUGGUCCAGAUGUCUCACAAGGGAAGAAGGAAAAUAUGUCCUAGCCGAGAUACACGAAGGGCUAUGUGGAAGCCACAUUUCACACCUGGCACUCUGUCGAAAGGUCGUCUUGCAAGGAUAUUAUUGGCCGACACUGGCACAAGAUGCAGAAAAUCUGGUACGUAAGUGUGAAAAGUGCCAAUACCACCAAAAUGUGCACCACCAACCAACAACCGAGCAAAGUCCAAUAGUAAGCCCUUGGCCAUUCAGUACAUGGGGAAUAGACAUAAUCGACCCUUUCCCAACAGCAAGCGGGCAGAGAAAAUUCCUAAUAGUAGCAGUGGACCAUUUCUCAAAAUGGAUAGAAGCCGAAGCCGUUUCUACUAUAACAGAAGCACGCGUACGAAGUUUUGUCCGAAAAGAAAUCAUCUGUCGCUUUGGGAUCCCAAAGAUCAUCAUAACCGACAACGGAAAGCAAUUCGACAACAAAAACUUCAGAGAAUUCUGUGCAGAAAAAGGGAUCGAUCUAAGGUUCACAUCAGUCACUCACCCACAAAGCAACGGGAUGACCGAAGUAACCAAUCGAACCAUUGUCAACGGGUUAAAAAGGCGUCUAGACGAAGCAAAAGGUCGAUGGGCCGACGAGCUACACAGUGUCUUAUGGUCAUACCGAACCACACCGAAAGCAGGCACAGGAAGAACCCCGUAUAGUCUAACUUACGGGUGCGAGGCAAUGGUACCGGUAGAGAUAGGCAUGCCAACCAUCAGAGUCCAAUAUUUCAACGAGCAACAAAACGAAGAAAGUACCAGGCUCUGCCUCGACCUGCUUGAGGAACGAAGAGAGCAAGCCUUGCUACACAUAGAAACAUACAAACAAAGAAUGGCAACAUAUCACAACAAAAGGGUCAAACCCCUAACAUUUGAAAUUGGAGAUCUCGUACUAAGACGAGCCGACAUAACAAAAGGCAAUGCGGGAGUAUCUAAACUCGGAGCUAACUGGGAAGGACCAUACCAGGUAAAAAAAGUAGGGAAAGGAGGAGCCUAUUACUUAACCUACAUGUCAGGGCGAGACCUGCCAAGAACCUGGAAUGCCAGAGUUCUCAAGCGAUUUUACCAGUAG